CGUUGCAGGCGCGCACACUUGACACAACCUCCGCCCAUCUCAACGCAGCCGAGCGCCGCGCGCCCCCGCCGGCGGCCCCCUCCCGCAGCCACUCCCGCCCGCGCCCCCGCAGCCUGAUCCUCCAGCUCGCCGCUCCUUGGUCCUACAACGGCCGCUCCCGCGGCGCCGCACCCCCUCGAUCGACAGGAGCGAAGCGGAGUGGAGAUCCAACCGGACGUGGGUCGCGAUCUCCUUUUUAGCUGCUGAUACAGGAAAUUUACCUUUAUCUCUACUCCACCUUCUUUUGCGACUAUGGCAUUAGCAGCUAUCUACAGCCUUUUCAUCAUUAACAAAUCCGGUGGCCUUAUAUACUACAAGGACUAUGUUUCAGCAGGGAGGAUGGACACCAAUGACAGUCUAAGAUUGGCUAGUCUCUGGCACUCGAUGCAUGCUAUCUCCCAGCAACUCUCCCCUACCCCUGGUUGUACUGGCAUUGACCUCCUACAAGCCCAUAACUUCGAUCUCCAUUGCUUCCAAUCUCUCACAGGUACAAAAUUUUUCGUUGUAUGCGAAACUGGCGCUCCAAAUAUGGAAAUGCUACUGAAAGUGAUCUACGAGUUGUACACAGACUUUGUUUUGAAGAACCCGUUCUAUGAAAUGGAGAUGCCGAUUCGGUGUGAGCUGUUUGAUCUCAACCUGGCACAGUUGAUCCAGAAGGACCGUGUUGCGCUUCUGGGUCGGUGAAACUUGGAAACCUAUGGUCUAAACCCCAUCAUGUACCCUGUAGUUUUUCCUUUCUCUAAAUUACACAGAUUUGCUCAGAUGGAAUUCUAAGAUCUACCGGUGUGUAUCAUCGAUUACUUGAAUAGUGUGUUGCUCAUCUGUAAUCUUCUCCGUGAUGUGAUGUAACUUUGAGUUUUGCGUACAGAAAAAUGUUGCUGCAAAUAAUAGCUCUAUGCAAAGGAGCUUUUGUUCUUGCAUA